CGAAUCAUCUCGUUGUCUUCCAACUUGUCAUUCCGUGCUCUAUCUCGCCUACAACAAGGCGGUUUGCUCGUGUGGGCGGCAUUCAUGUGACAAGGUUCGACCCCCCAUCAUCGUUCGUUGAUGUCGCCACACUGCCACCACCAUCCCCACAAAGCUCAUCAGUCCAACACAUACAAGGGCCACCGCCGGAGGAAUUCCUUUGGAUGUUGUGGCAGUCCACAUUGCACGGAGAGACGAGUGGAGGAGGGUUGAGCUAAGCGCCGCCUGGUGCAUGUCUGUCGCUAGCACGACCCAUGGCACGACUUGGCCGAUUUCGACUAGGUCCACGGCGUGGAUGUUGAUGCGUUGGACAUUGCACGCUGGGAAUGCCAGCACUGUAUCGCCUUCGCUUGGCUAAACAGCGCACUACAAGCCGGCGUCUGGCCUGCGAGUUUCCAUUGCGGGGACACGGGCGGAGUGUGCGUCAUGAAGUUGGAGGCGAGACCGGUGGCGGCGACGCAUGGAAGGAGGUGGGAGCUCGUGGAGAGAGUCAUGCCCUUGGACUGCAAGGCGUCCAGGUCGCAGUCAAUGGACGCGCGGGGGUACCCAACAAUGUGGACCGCGGUCGAGACCAUGUUCCAUGUCACGUUGGGCAGCCAGUCAUGCAGUUCCACGCAGGUGGAGCCGGUAGUGACAUUCGUGACAAUGUACCCGUACAAAGUUUUGCAUGCCGUGCUGUUAGCAAACGCGUCAGCUUGCAGCAACGUAAUGUUGCCAGCAAUGACGUUCUCCAACGAUUCUCAAACGUCAGUUUCGCACGAUGAUUGCUCGUGGCUGCCAUCACGCGAAUGU